UCUUUGCAAAGGGGAAAAGUAUGAUGGACACACUUGAAGACCUCGAGAGUUUUUUGAAGAGUGUUGACGUAAUAAGUGAGCUAGUAAAGGAUCUAAAGUCCUCCGAUGUGGAAAUCCAGCAAAAAGCAAUAAAGACAGCUGAUUCCCAGAUCGCUGCCUUGGAUGAACCCUGCAGGACAAAAGUCAACAAGACUACAAUCAACACAAACCCGCCAGUUCAGCCUUCCGUGGAUCUGCAGAAUGAGAGUCCAGAGCAUUUCAUGAAGAUUAUGGAGAGUGAUGCUGAAGACAGGAGAGUAAGGAGGAUUGCAAAAGCAAAAAAGGCAACUGUAUUCAAAGACAAGGGAAAUGAAGCUUAUGCUCAAGAAGACUAUGAAAAUGCAGUGAAGUACUACAGUGAUGGCUUGGAUGAAAUGAAGGACAUGCAGCCAUUGUACACCAACCGAGCACAAGCGUACAUCAAGCUGGGGAAGUACAAGGAGGCCAUCAGUGACUGCGAAUGGGCCCUGAAGUGUAAUGAGAGAUGCGUAAAGGCUUUCCUACACAUGGGAAAAGCAUAUCUGGCAUUAAAGAAAUACAAGGAGUCCAGAAACUGCUUUGAAAAGAUUGUGGAAAUUGAACCUGUGAUGGACAAGAUGGUGAAAGAAUACCUGACCCAGGUUGAUUUAGAAGAGGCAAGAGAGAGUCAGGAGAUGAAUGCAAGGCAAGAGUUUGACAAGGGAGAGGGGAGAGCCACAAGAGUGCCCCAGCUGCUGGAGAAGUUGUCAAGGCCUGGCCAGAUUCCUUUGUACUACUGUGGAGGAUUUGAGAUUCUUUCACAAGCAGUUACUGACUGUACAGCCCAGACCCUUUUCAGACUGAACAAUGGCUUUAGUAUCAUCAGCAGCAAUGACACAGUGAGAAGUUGUCUGUUGCAGAAAACAAAUGAUCCAGACAGCCAGGAGUUGUGUGCGUCUGCCCUAAAAUUGUGGAAGGUUAUUUGUUGUGGAAAUGAUGAAAACCAGAAAAUGAUGAUGACAUUACCGCUCACCAAACAGUUCAUUGUUCACUUGGUAACAUCGGAGCAUGUUGCAGUGCAGAAAGAAUGCCUAGCAUUACUAUGUGUGUACUCACAGAUGCCACAUGGAAGAGGUUUGGCCAUUGACAACCUGGAUGUGCCAAUGUUAGUGAGGAACCUCAUGGCUUGCAUCUCAAAGCCAACACAGCAGCAGAACACAGCAGUCCACAUUCUGGCGAACUUUGCAGCAGAAAAAAAAUUUUGCAUUCAGUUAAGGGACGUGUUGACAGACUCUGUCAUUGUGCCAUUUACAACAUUACUGAGAAAUAUCAGCAAGUCCAAUCGGCAUGUCCUUGCAUCGCUGAUAACGGCUAUUGGCUGUCUGGCUCGAGAUGAUGUCAUCCGCCACAGUUUUGCUCAUGAUCCAGAAUGUUGGAAGGCUUUUGUGGUCGCCAUUAGGCAGUGCAGUGAGUGUGAAUACAAAGAGGUCAUUUACCCUCUGCUUGGUUUGAUCAUCGACCUUUCAACUAUCACCUCUCCAAUCAUUCAGGAGCAUGCUGUUUCUCUCUGCAAUUGCUGCCUGAACCUGCUGAGGGAUAGUGAUGGAGAAGUGAUAACUAGAGCCACAUGCGUGCUGAGCACCGUCCUCCCUCAGUCCCCUGAGGCUGUUCAGCAUGCUAUUCAGGGGGGUGCGGUCCGGACCAUGCGCUUGCUGUUGAAGGGAACAGGGCAGACUGCCACCAAGUAUGCCAUUAAGACUCUGACAGUGUGCACUGCUGCCAGUCACUUGGCACGGGAGGAGCUGGUGAAGUCUGAUAAAAAACUGUCUAUUUUACGUCAUUUGCUGGCUUCCAGCUGUGAUGAGAUGGUGUCAGGAAAUGCAGCCCUGUGCUUGGCCCACUGCCUUGAAUUGGAGGGAAUUGGCAGCACCCUGCUGGGCACUGAUAUUGUGCUGCUGCUGCUGCGCCACGCUGCAGGGGAUGCUAAGAGGACAGCUGUGCGGCAAAAUGCAGCGAUUGCACUGGGGAGGCUGUGUCGAACUGAUCCCAGACAUUCGAACAAACUUCGAGAACUUCAUGGCUUUGAGGUCCUGCACUCCUGUAUGAAACUCAACACAUGGACGCAAUAGCAUAUAAUGUCCUUGUUUGUCAUCAGUUUUGCUUCUCCUCUGUAUUCUGUUUGGGUUUAGACACAUACCCAAAUGGAAGAAAGAAAAUGAAAACUAAAAAUAAACACCAGUUCUUGAAGUCAUAUAAUUCCCUUUUCUUUUCUCUCUAAUUAUAAAAAUAAAAAAAAUAAAAACUUUUGUCUUUAAUUGCUAAUCCAAUCACUAUCUAUCAUUUUUCAAAUAAUAUGGAAUUCAUUUUUUUUGAUGUCUUGAGAAUAUCCAAAGAUAUAUUUUAUUAUUAUUGAUUCUGCUACUAAAUACAUAAACAUGGUUAUAAAAUUUGCCAACCUUAUUGUGUGUUAUAUUUUUCAUGCCAUGUAAAUGUAUGCGCUUAAUUACCCUGAAUGUAUGUGGAUGGAGGUCCAAGUGCAGUAAUAACUGUAAUUUUUGGAUUCGGAAGAACGGAUAUUGAUCAGGCAGAAUUAACAUACUGAUGGGAUUUGAAGUGAGACAUAUAUUAUAGCCUGUAUCCCUUUGGUCUAAGGCUUUCUUUAAGGGCACUCACUCAUCCGUCUUGGAAGGUUUUGCUCUUAUUUACCAUGAAGAAGUGUGUUAAAUGCAAAUGACGGGGUAUGCUGCAUGCCUAACAGCUAGUAUUACUGACAAAUCUCACCCAUACCUCUAUGUAACCACAAUCACAAGCUCUAAUAUCAUUUGGUGUCCUAAAGGGUAAUUUUGCUUUGUGCCAGCCUUUGGUAUAUAUAAAUCUAAUCUGUGUGAUCAGUUUGUUUAUUUUGGAAUUUCAUUUCCAGAAAUUGU